AUGUCAACCAAGAGACAAAACUAAAAAGAGAAGUAAAAGAUUAUGCAACCAUUACAAGAGCAUAAUGAGAUGGUAGCUGAACCUAAAAUACUUUCAUGUGAAGUUGGAGACACUCAGAAAUAAUUUCAAAUUGAUAACAUGAGGGACUCUAAUGAAUAUCUAAAUUCAGAUGUAACUUAUCAAUAAUAUUGCAAGAAAGAACUCAAUUUAGACUAAUUUGAACAAUUCCCGUAAAACUCAAGCAACAACCUGAUCGAUAACAAUUAUCCAUUGAAAAUGAUGGAUUCAACUCAGCAAUAAGAUUGUAAAAAGAUAUAAAAGUAGAAUGCUUCAACUAAACAAACAAAUGAUUUUCAAUAAUUGCAAGAGAUCCAAAAUCCAAACUAAUUGGAUCGGAAAAGUCUAUAAAAGUAAUCUAAAGAGACCAAACCAUAAAGUACAUUAAAUGAGGAAAUCAAAACUUUUGAAGAAAGAAUUGUGAAAUAUACAUCAGAAGUCAAUCAAGAAAUUAAGUUGAGUCCUAAGCUUUCAGACGAAUGGAAAAAGAAGUUUACCUUCAUUAAAAAAAAGAAAUGA